AUGCUUGGAUUGGAGCCGCCUCGGCGCCGCCAGACUCCCCAGCAAGAUGCCGCGCUCUUUCCUGGUGAAGAAGCAUUUCUCGGCCAGCAAGAAGCCCAAUUACAGUGAACGGGAAAGCCAGACUGUGAUCGUCUCCCCGUGUUUGUAUGAGAAGUACCCCAUCUCUGUCAUCCCCCAGCCUGAUCUGCUGAGUGCUGGUUCCUACUACCCUCCACUUGUAUGGGACACAGGGCUGCUCUCCAAUUUCUUCACCUCUGAGCCGGAGUAUAAGAAAAGUGCCAGUUCUCCUCCCAGCCCUGGCUCCAAACCCCUGGACCUGUCCUCCAGCGAAGAGGAGGAUGGCAAGACAACCUCUGACCCGCCCAGCCCAUCUUCUUCUGCCACUGAAGCGGAGAAAUCCCACUGCAGCCAAUGCAACAAGUCCUACUCCACCUUUGUAGGCCUUUCCAAGCACAGACAAUUGCACUGCGACUCCCAAGCCAGGAAAUCUUUCAGCUGCAAAAACUGUGAGAAGGAGUACGUGAGCCUGGGAGCUCUCAAGAUGCACAUCCGAAGCCAUACCCUGCCCUGCGUGUGUAAAAUUUGCGGCAAAGCCUUCUCCAGGCCUUGGCUCCUGCAGGGCCACAUCAGAACACACACUGGUAAAGAUUCUUCUGUUUGCUCCUUCUACCGAAACAGCAGGGAAAGGGGUCUCCUGAAACACCAGAGAGUCUAUAAACAAUAUACUAUAAUCCAGGGAUGGUGA